UUCCACUCCCUUCAUAAGUCUCACUCCACAUCCACAACAACUAUGGCUGAUUCCCUGACUGAGGAACAAGUCUCCGAGUUCAAGGAGGCCUUCUCCCUCUUUGAUAAGGAUGGCGAUGGUCAAAUCACCACCAAGGAGCUCGGCACAGUCAUGCGAUCGCUGGGCCAGAACCCGUCCGAGUCUGAGCUGCAAGACAUGAUUAACGAGGUCGACGCCGACAACAACGGCACCAUCGACUUUCCUGAGUUCCUUACCAUGAUGGCGCGCAAGAUGAAGGACACCGACUCUGAGGAGGAAAUCCGUGAGGCCUUCAAGGUCUUCGACCGUGACAACAACGGCUUCAUUUCCGCUGCGGAGCUGCGCCAUGUCAUGACUUCCAUUGGCGAGAAGUUGACCGACGACGAGGUUGAUGAGAUGAUCCGUGAGGCUGACCAGGACGGUGAUGGUCGGAUUGAUUACAACGAGUUCGUCCAGCUCAUGAUGCAGAAGUAAAGGUUCAGUACUACUUAGUACCACAGCCCUAUACCACAACCACGAUGCCUUAAAUCAUGAUAAAAGAAUGGACUCAUAAUUUUUUUCCUGCGCAUGUUUAUAUGGCUUGCGUUGCUUUUGCAUGGUUGCUGCCUGCCCAUUCCUCAGGCAGGCCACUGCUGUCUCGCUUUCUUUGCUGUGGAGAGGGUUUUAUGAGACCAAUGACGAAUGAGUCCAGUGUGAAAUGGGGUCUGUAGGCUUUGUUCCAUCUGCUCGCACAAUUUAAUUGCCGACGACGGGUGUCGCUGCCAG